GAUCUCGCGGUGUUUGUUCACUGACGGCGCUUGAAAAUGGAGUCGGAGGGGGCGGGGUACAGCAGGACGGAGCAGAGAUGUUUGGAGGCUUUUUUUUAAUAUAAAAUUAUUUAUUUAAAUAAAAAUGGCCGCCGUGGAGAGCGGAGAGGAGAGACUGGAGGAGGGUCAAGAGGGGGAGGAGGGACCUGUCGCCCCCCAGCCCACAGCCAGAGAGAGAGACAGGUCCCACAGCAAGACAAAGAAAACUCGCCGGGAGCGUCGCCAUGCUGACCGGGGUGCAGACACCGCAGCAUCAACCACGUCCCCAACAGCUGCGCUGCAGUCACAGAUGGGGGCGGAGCCACAAACACAGGCGUUGGAGCCAGUGGCGGGCCCAUCAGAGGAGCCGGCGUCGGAGUCGGCUGGCGGCAGUGAAUCUGCAGGCUCACCCAGGCAGCGGCGCUCCAUCAUCCGGGACCGUGGGCCGCUGUACGACGACCCAUCACUGCCCGAGGGCUGGACCCGCAAACUGAAACAGAGGAAGUCUGGACGCUCAGCAGGGAAGUUCGACGUCUACCUGAUCAACUCAGAGGGAAAAGCAUUUCGUUCCAAGGUGGAACUUAUCGCUUACUUUCAGAAGGUCGGCGACACAACCACCGACCCAAAUGACUUUGAUUUUACUGUUACUGGACGUGGAAGCCCCUCACGCCGCGAGAAACGUCCACCUAAGAAACCAAAGGUGGUGAAACCAUCGGGGCGAGGGCGUGGGCGGCCCAAAGGCAGUGGGAAGAUGCGGCAGGCUACAGAGGGCGUGGCCAUGAAGCGUGUGGUUGAGAAAACUCCAGGCAAACUGCUGGUCAAGAUGCCUUUUGGCAAGGCAGAGUCAUCUACUGGCACCACCUCCACUGCCUCAAAGGUCGUGUCUCCUGCACUGGUGCCCAGGUCCCGCCCCGGCAGAAAGAGGAAAUCAGAACAGGAACUUCCGGCCCCAACACAGACCGCCCCCAAGAAACGGGGCAGGAAACCAGCCUCGGCCUCGGCAACAUCACCGGCUGCCACAGCAUCCACCUCCUCGGCAUCGGCCUCCGGUAGCCCCACAGCUGGGAGUUACACUGCAGCUGCCAUUAUAGCUGCUGAAGCCAAACGGAGAGCUGCCAAGGAGUCUUCCACCAAACCUGUCGUCCAGGAAACAGCCCUGCCAAUCAAAAAACGCAAAACGAGAGAGACGGUGGAGGAGAGGGAGAGUGGUCAAACUCCAAUGGCCACAACAACUGAAACUGAGCGAAGGGCUGCUGCAGAGAUGGAGGGAGGUAAAGGCGAGGGAGCUCCGACUGCAGAGCCUCAGCCCGCCCCCUCUGAGCAGGGCCAUUCACAAUCACAGAAGCAGCCCACUGCUUCAGAUGAAAGCCAAUCACAUGGACAGAAAUUGCAUAAAGGGAGGAAGCACAAGGAGAAAACAGGAGUAGCAGGAGAUGGAGGAAGCAGAGUAGAUGAAGCAGAUGAAGAUGUAGGUGACAAAGGUGGAGACGGAGGAGGAAGGAGUAGCAGCAGCAGCAGUAGCAUUAGCCCAUCAAAAAGCCACAAAAGAAAGGACCGGCCGCCUCACAAACAUCACCAUCAUCAUCACCACCACCAUCAUCAUCAUCGCCACCAACAUUCCCCCGCCUCCACACUGGAUCAGCUUGCUCCUCCUCCUCCUGCUCCAGCCUCUGGACACCCAGCACCCUCCAGCCAGUCCAGGCCUGAAGUUGAGCCCGAGGCGGUACCUCAGUUUGCCCCCCAACACUCCCAGCACACCCAGCAAGCUCCUCCCAGACCACAGUCCAAGCCCACGACUCAGUCCCCAUCUGAACCUCGUCAUCCUCCCCCUCAGCCACGCCACCAGCCCCAGCCCCGUCCCCAGCAGCAUACUCAGACUCAGUCUCCCAGUCAGCCCCAAGCCCAGCCUCGAUACCCAGCACCCCAGCCCUCCCCAACCAGGCAUGUGAUACCCCAGCUGCGGCCACAGCAGCCCCCAUCCCAAACCCACAGUCAGCCACAGGUCUCUCCCCAAAAACCUCAGUCACAGUCUGUCCACUCCCCGGCCCAGCACCGAACCCAGCUUCAAGCUCCACAUCCGCCUCAGUCCCCAUCCAUCCUGCACAUUCAUCCACCCCAAACAAGGCAUCCACACCCGCAGGCUCAGUCCCCCACGGCUCUCCAACCUCAAACCCAGCCCAGGCACCCCUCUCAACCUCAAACCCAGCUCAAGCAACAAUCUCAAACCCAGACCCGGCAGUCACUGCAGCCACAGCCCCAAACCAGGGCCCCAGCCCAGCUUCAGACUCAAUCUCAGUCCAGAAUCCCGGCCCAGUCUCAGGCCCAACUGCAGCCCAGAACUCCUUCCCAAAUUCAACCCCAGUCCAGGACCUCAGGCCAGCCUCAAUCUCAACCCCAGCCCAGAACGUCCUCCCAAAUUCAGCCUCAACCCCAGUCCAGGACCUCAGGCCAGCCUCAGUCUCAACCCCAGCCCAGAACCUCUUCACAAAUCCAGCCUCAACCCCAGUCCAGAACCUCAGCCCAGCCUCAACCUCACCUGCAACAAAGACAUCAAGCGCAGCCUCAGCAGCAGACGAGGCAUCCAUCACAACAUCAACAACAGACUCAAUACAGACCACAACCCAGACAAUCUCCCUCCCAGCCGAGGCCACCACAGUCCCAGUCCCAAGCACAACCACACUUCCAGCGGAUUCAAACACAGCCGCGCCCCCAACCCCACCUUCAGCUCACCAGGCCCAAUGUGCAGCACCUUUCAUCCCACCGGCCAUCCCCUAGCCUGUCCAGGACCAAUCUGGUCCCAGCUCAGCAGAACCAGAGCGAACUGCCCCAGGAUCUGAGUACCACACGACCUGGCAGAGGGAGCCUGCUGCCAAGCCGAGAGGCCAGCGUGGAAGGCGUCAGAGCAGAAGGCAGAGGGGAGCCAGUCGUGGCAUCAGAAAGCAGAGAGGUCACAGGAGGCGAUAGAGGGUCAAACAGCACCUCGAGGGCUCCUGGAUCCACAGGAAUAGCUGGGGUCGGACUUGUCCCCGGGGCAGAUAGCAGGGGUCGGCUCCGGGCAGAGCCAGAGGCAGCAGGUGAGGGCAGGGAGCUCAGAGACAUCGUACCCCAGUCUGCCGUCCCCUGCCCCAGCCGAGAAGAAACGGUAGAGUCACGGACGGUCGUCAGCGAAAGAGUCAGCUGAUUGGUCGGCUGAUGGACAGACUGGCUGAUCGGUAGACUGACGGACGGUGUCGGCACCAGGUGGAGGAGGAGUGUGACAGAGCUGCUCGCUGAGGUUUAGUGAUUUUACACUGUUUUCAGAUGGAAGGAGCGCCGUGGACUGUUGCAGCUUCAACUCCGUCUGAUUCUGUCUGGAGACUCUGUAAAGUUCUGGAUGUGGGAGCCGACCUGGCGCUGAGGGACAGCUGAGGGAGGACGGAUUGUGUCUUUUUCUAGGAAAAACAAACAAAAAGGAAAAACGAUAAACAAGUGUGUGUAUAUAUAAUCAAAAGGCAGCUGUUGUGUCCCGCUAGUCUCCGUGGGGAGGGGGGGGAGUAGUUUGGAACUAAAAACCAACGCUUAACAACACAUUACUCUGAACGAAACGUUGCUUCCGGAAUAUAACCUCUUUUUUUAUUUUGUAUUUUGAUAGUUUAUUGUUUUGUCUCUGUUAUACAGCUUUAAACUCUGAUAUUAUCGACUGACGGCCCCUUACUCAUCGUCGUGCUGCUGACUGACAGUCUUUUAUUUAAGUCCUGCUCUUUGUCACUAAAGCUCCUCGUGUUGACUGACAGUCUCUUACUGAAACUGGUCCUGAAGUGAUGUGGGGCGGCGGUUUGCACCUUAAAGUCUUUGGUUUCUUUCUCGUUUUCUCUGAAGCCCCUGAAGAUGAGGGUCAGUCCUGUUUCAUUCCUCUUCCAGACUGCCCCCUGCUGGUAGCCAAUCUGAUGAUAGAGUAGAACUCUACACAGACCUCAUUGUGUAUUUGAAACCCGUUAUCAUAACUGAAGGAGUCCUUGAUUCCUCCUAUCAGACGCUGAAACUAUCAGUUGUUUGAUAAGAAAACCUCAAGUCCUUCUCAGUCUUCUUAUUUCAAACGCAGCCAGUUGUUCUUCCGAGUUAGAGAUUCUUCCACGCUCGUCUUCAUUCAGUCUGUUAGUUUUAGAGUCUUUUUGUUUCCAAAGGAAGCUUUUAAUAUCAAACCAAACCCACUUUUACAGUAGCUUUAUUUUAGUUCUUAGUCUUAAUGAAAGAGUGGGAUAUGGAGUCAUUUUUAUCGUGUCCUCGUGUUGAAUGUCUGGAACAGUUUGCACUCCUCCAGUUUGUACAAUCAGCCGCCUGCAUGUCGCUCAGUGAAGCUGCAGGCCUUCACCCGCAGCAGCAGGUACGCAGAGGUCGACCUCGUCAGGGUUCACUGACGGUCUGCAGGAGUCAAACCCUGAACGAGCUCUGGUUCGGCUUCAUGUGGAGUCAGAUGUGCCGGAGAUGGAGAGACGCAACAGUGAGCAGAAACUUCUGUGAGGCCACAUGUGAGAGCUGAGGGCAGAACAGAACCAGAACAGACGUUCAGAACGUCUGAAAACGCGUUCAAGAAAUUGGUUAUUGUUGUUUAAUGAAAAGGUUCCAGUCUUGUAAAGUUUGUGAUCCUCAUGAAACGUUGCUUCUUUUCAUUUCAGUGUGAUGAGAUUAAGAUUCAGUUUGGCCUGAAUGUAAAGCGUCACCUGUUGGGCCCCGCCCUCUGAAUAAUGUCCGUGUGCCUUGUCAGCGUUCUCAUUGGUCCAAACGAUUGAGGUUUCACCAAUUUUGAUUUUAGUUGAACAGUCCGAUGCUGGACAGAGGUGUCAACUGGACAUUUCUGACUUCACACGUCGGACCUGAGAAUGUUUGUUCAUUUUAAAGCUACAAAUUAAAACGGAGCACUGUCACUUCCUCCUGCUUUAUAGGCUCAUUACAGUGAAGUGAUGUCAUCUCUGAACCUACAGACUGUUCUGCUCGUUCGGACUCAUUACAUCCACAGUACUGAGGAUUAUUGAUCAGAUUUUAGAGCCCCAGCAAUGUUUGACAUUGUGGCUCAGCCCUGUCAUUGAUUUAAAACAGAUAUAAAUCACGUUAGAGAUCAGACCCUCCAUAUGACCCCUCUCAGCUCUCAGUCAUGUGACCUCACGGACACUGUUUGAACACCGCUGCCUCCUCAGCACACCUGACAUCAGUAAUCUUCAGUCUUUGCACCUUGGCGGUCACACAACUCUUCGGGGAAGCUCCAGCACUUUAGCACUGACGUUGGAACAAUGAGCUUUUUGCCCCUCGACCAGAAAAUAAUUAACAAGUGAAUGUCUUCAUCCCGGAUCAAAUUAAUGUGCCUCAUUCUGAACAGUGCUUGUCCACUCACCUGAUGACGUUGCGUCACGGUGACCUCACAAUGGUGACCUCACAAUGGUGACCUCAUACUGGUGACCUCUGCGUACUUGCUGCUCCGCCGGUCUGCUCAGAGCAGUGACCCUGUUAGCAAUCAAACGUCCCUCUGUGAACGGACUCACUCCACAGGACUCGACCCGGCACAAACUACAGUAACCAGCCACCAUAUUGCAUGUUCCAGAGUUUAGUGCCUAUAAUAUUGUGCGUCUUGCCAGAAGCCACCAUGUCAGCCAAGCCAUGUUGUGUUUCUAGACUUAGUAGUGAUGUGUGUGGUGACUUCAUAGUUGCUAAUAUUGAGGAUGAAUAUUCUGCUUUUACUCUGGUUGGAAUUCAGUGGAAACUCCAAUACACUGUCGCUGUAGACAAAACUAGUUUUUACCUGUUUUCUUAUUUUUCUUUCUAACUAAAAGCGUUUGUUGUCCCUGA